CAGCACUUUAUCCUGAACCGGUGCUGUCUUUGAGGUGCGACUGACUGUGGCGCUACUCCCUGCUACCUGUUUCUCCUCCCCAUCUUACAUUCGACAAUCCUAUUCCCUCAUUCCUCGACUCGAACCGCCAUCAGCAUGGAUCUCAUCGACGAUCGCGCAGUCCUUGACGAUGAAGAAGAGGAUGAAUCUAUUGAUGAGGAGACCGGUGAAGUGAGGAACCGGCAAAAUGGAGCCAAUGGUCGCUUUGACGAUUCUUCUGAGGACGAGGAAGACGAUGACGACGAAGAAGCCGCAGCGGAGGUUGCGAAAGGCUUCAUCGUGGAUGAAGACGAAGAAGAAGAGGAAGCCCGCCGAGAACGAAGACGCGAACGCAAGAAACGUCGCCGUGAAGAGCGCGAAGAUGAAGGCCUCGACGAAGAAGAUCUGGAGCUGAUCGGCCUGAAACCUACGGAAGAAGCCCCCGAACCCAAAUUCAAGCGUCUAAAGCGUGGCCCUCGCGAAGACCGAGAUGCACAGCAAUCCUAUGGCGUCAAUGAUAUCUUUGGCCACUCGGAUGAAGAGGAAGAGGCUGUUGACUACAAUCGCCGAAGCCGGCCAGAUCGUCGCGGUUUGCAGGAUGAGUUCGAUGACUUUAUUGAAGAGGAUGUCUUCUCAGAUGAGGAACAACAGCGACAACGAGAAGAUGAAGAAGUGGCUCGGCCCAAUCGCCGAGGCCUUCCAGACCUUGGUAUUGCAGACGUCGCGGGGCUCGAUGAAGCUGCGUUAGAAGACUUCCGUGCAGCUUUCGGUGAUGGCACCGACUACGACUUCGCGCUUGAGAAGGAAGAGGAAGCCGACGAAGAGGAAGCUGCCAAGGACAAGCACCUUGAUCUCAAGGAUGUCUUUGAGCCUUCGCAACUCGCCGAGAAGAUGUUGACAGACGAAGACAACGCCAUUAAAUACGCCGACGAACCUGAACGGCAUCAGCUCGCCAGAAAAGCGUAUCGCCAUGUUGAACUUACAGAGGAUGAGUUCAAAGAUGAGGCUGGCUGGAUAUCCAAACUUAUGCUUCCCACCAAAAACUUCCCCUCGGAACUUCAUGAACCUUUCAGACGGGCUGUCGCCCAUGUUCUCGAAUUUCUAGUGCGAGACGACUACGAAGUACCGUUCAUAUUUCAAAACCGGAAAGAUUAUCUGCUUCAUGUCGUCCAGAAAGUCGUGGGCAGGGAGGAAGAUGGCACUCCACGGACAGUCGCGGAUGCCACCAGGCUUCUUGUUCAGCGCGACUUAUGGCAAAUUUUCGAGCAUGACCUAAAAUACCGCGCCCUUACCGAAAAAAGACAAGCAUUACAGAAAACAUAUCAAGACCUGAAAUCGGCCAACGUCCCCGAGGAUGAGACUUUUCAGCAAAUGCUUCCUUUAGCUGCCACGAUGGAGGAGCUGCAAGACCUCCAGGACUACCUCUACUUCGAGUAUGCUUCGCAGCUGAAGGACCUGGCUCUGACCUCGAAUGGCGACACGAAUGGUGUCAACAUGUCUCAGAAAAAAGCCUCCACAAAAACCGUCUACGAGGAAAUACGCGCUUCCAAAGCCUUCGGUCUUGUUCGUGCCUUCGGCAUAUCCGCAAACGCUUUCGCGCAGAAUGCUGCCAGAGAAGGUGUUCGAACAUAUACGGAAGACCCCAGUGACAGUCCGGAACAUCUUGCAGACACACUGAUCGACGAUGAGUUUCCUACAUCCUCCCGAGUACUCAAAGCGGCCAAGUCCAUGUUCAUUGAAGAAUUUGUGAUGAGCCCGAGGUUUAGGGGUUAUAUCAGGAAAUCCGUCUACACCGAUGGGGCCAUUGACUGCCAUCGGACUGAAAAGGGUCUUCGCAAAAUCGACGAGCAGCAUCCGUACUAUGAGUUCAAAUACCUGAAGAACCAGGACUUUGCAGCGUUCUUCCAGAGGCCUGAUCUUUUCCUCAAGAUGCUGAAGGCCGAAGAAGAGGGUCUGGUGAACAUUCAGGUCCGUCUGAAGAAUCCCGAAUCAUUCAAAAAGCAACUGUGCAAGCACAUUGAAACCGACAAUUACUCCACUGUUGCGGAUGCGUGGAAUGCUGAACGCCGCGACGUGGUGUCCAUUGCGGUAGAUAAGGUAAUGAAGCUCAUGGGGCGCCUUGUCAAAGAAAACCUCAAAGAGCAAUGCGAAAACGUCAUUGGCACCGAAUGCCGAGAAGAAUUUACCACACGUCUUGACCAAGCACCAUAUCAACCACGUGGAAUGAAAAAAGGCACGACCCCUCGGGUGCUGACUCUGUCCAGUGGAGGAGGUGUUCCUGGCCGUGAUCCAAUUUAUUGGGCGUAUGUGUCGGAUGAUGGCAGGGUUCUUGAGCAUGGCCGGUUUAAGGAACUAGGUCCUGGCGAUCGGGAACGCAGCAUUCCGGAUGGUAAAGACGUGGAGGCCCUGAUAGACGUUAUUCGUCGGAGGGAGCCAGAAGUCGUUGGGGUUUCUGGGUGGACUCCGGACACACGGAAACUUCUUGCGAACAUUACGACCCUUAUCCAAAACCAUGAUCUGCGUGGUCCCACAUUUGCAGAUGAGGAUGACCGAGAUCGCAGCGAAUUGUUGGAAGUCAUCUUGGUCAACGAUGAGGUGGCACGGAUGUAUCAGACAAGCGACCGAGGCAAGACAGACCAUCCUGGACUCCCACCCUUAGCGCUGUACUGCGUGGCCCUGGCUAAGUACAUGCAAGACCCUCUCAAAGAGUAUGCUGCCCUGGGUAGGGACCUUGUCUCACUCAGCUUCCAUCCAGCUCAGAACCUUCUUCCUCAGGAAAAGCUUCUAAGCAAGCUGGACAUGGCAUUGGUUGACGUUGUUAACAUGGUUGGAGUCGACAUCAAUGAAGCUGCCAGUGAUAUGUCUGUCGCAAAUCUUCUCCCGUACGUUGCUGGCUUGGGCCCGCGAAAGGCAGCGCAUGUCCUCAAGGUCAUACAUCUCAAUGGCGGGUAUGUCAGUACUCGUGAGGACCUCCUCGGUGUGAACGAGAAUCAUCCUGCGAUGGGAUUCAAAGUAUGGAGCAACGCCGCAUCAACAUUGCAUAUACACUUCGACAUGCAGGAGCCACAGGCCGAAUACCUAGACGCAACACGUGUGCACCCCGAAGACUACGACAUUGCUCGCAAAAUGGCUGCUGACGCUCUUGAACUCGAUGAAGAGGAUAUUGAGGCCGAGCGACAAGAAGGCGGACCUGGCGCUAUCGUUCGACGAUUGAUUCGGGAAGAGGCGCAAGAGCGUGUCAACGAUCUCGUCCUUGAGGAGUACGCCGAGCAACUGGAGAAGAAUCUUAACUCGAAGAAGCGAACCACUCUGGAGAAUAUCCGUGCAGAACUCAACGAGCCUUACGAAGAACUGCGAAAUCCAUUCCGCAGUACAUUAGGCGAGUCAGAAGUCUUCACAAUGCUGACUGGCGAGACCAGAGAAUCAUUACAGAAGGGCAUGAAUGUGCCUAUCUCUUUGAAGCGGGUCAGUGAUACUCACAUCGAAGGUAAACUAGAUUGUGGCCUGGACGCUAUCGUUGAAGACGGUCAGUGGUCGGACAGCGGAGUCUCGCCGAAACAACUUUACACCAUCCAUCAGACUGUGCAAGCACACAUCACCUCGAUCAAUCGCAAGGAUUUUGUGGUGACUGUCAGCUUGAGAGAAGAUCAGACAAAAAGAUCCUUCAAGAGAUACAACCAUAGCGACCGCAAUUACAACGAAUGGGACGAUCGUGAGGAAGCUGCAGAUAAGAAGUUGCUCGAGGAAAAGGCCGACUCUGGAGGUCGUGUCACUCGAGUCAUCAAACACCCUCUUUUCCGGCCGUUUAACGCGAAGCAGGCAGAAGAGUAUCUGGGCAGUCAAAACCGUGGUGACGUGGUUAUUCGCCCGUCAUCAAAAGGAAAUGACCAUCUUGCCGUGACUUGGAAAGUGGCUGACGGCAUCUUCCAGCACAUUGAUGUUCUGGAGCUUGACAAAGAGAACGAAUUCUCCCUGGGGAGAACUCUGAGAAUCGGUGGGCGCUAUAAUUAUUCAGACUUGGACGAGCUUAUCGUGCUGCACGUCAAGGCCAUGGCACGAAAAGUGGACGAGAUGUGUGGCAAUGAAAAGUUCCAGGACAAGUCCAAGGCUCAAUUAGAGGAGUGGCUAACCACAUACACCAACGCAAACCCCAAGCGGUCGAUGUAUCAAUUUUGCAUCAAUAGAGAACGACCCGGACAGUUUCACCUUAUCUUCAAAGCUGGUCAAAAGGCGAAGCUCAUGGAUUGGAGUGUGAGAGUGAUCCCGCAGGGGUUUGAGCUUAUGAAGACACCAUAUCCUACGAUGAGGGAUCUAUGCAAUGGGUUCAAAUUGAUCUUCCAAAACAUGCAGACCGCUGCAAGCAUGGGUGGAAGAAGAUAGUCAGCUACGAUGGUUACAUGGAAUCAGGGGAUGUGUUCACUGGACACUACGAGCUUUGAGGCCGAACAUGUCCUAUACAGGGCGCAAAUGCUAUGAUGACCUUGGACAAGUUGUCCAUGCAAAAGAGCUCCUCAUCGCCUCAUCAGCAACAUUCAAGCCAUCGCGGCGCACUUGAUGGGCGGCCCUGCUGAACGACGAGUGAGUCGCCUUUAAGUCUACCACCAUGAUGACCCUCGCUUUUCGUCCGUCCCCUCCCG